CCUUACCUUGUCCUGAAAUAAUUCAUACCACGAAUCAACGAGUACACCACCGCACCUAUACAUUCAACGGAAAUCCAAAAUGUGGAUUGUCAACUGGUGUAAGUCCUCCUACCUUGACGCAAAAGCUAUUUAGCCUUGCUGUCCCUUUCAGCUAGCUGUCCAUCUGGCUCGUUGGCGCUCGUUGCGAACCUCGAGGACUUGGCUUGCCUUUGAUUAUAUUCUUGCCAUGUCGACAGAUAUAGCUGACACUUUGUGGGGGAUACACAGUUUGGGAUACCCUAGCGUCCUUGGGACUCUUGAAUAAACAUGCGAAACUCCUCUUCCUGGGUCUCGAUAAUGCCGGAAAGACGACGUUGUUGCAUAUGUUGAAGGUACGUUGCGGUGGAGAUGGGGAUCGCGAGCUUGAUGGAGCGCAUGGUAUAUCUGUUUUGGAACAAAGGAUGGAGAUUGAUGAGAUGGCUACUAUAGAACGACCGUGUCGCUAUUCUCCAACCUACUUUACAUCCAAGUAAGUUGCUUCUGCUUCCGGCAUAUACAAUGGGUACAGGCUAGGUGUUAACAGCUAUACCUAGCAUCCGAGGAACUAGCAAUCGGCAACGUCAAAUUCACAACCUUCGACUUGGGAGGCCAUCAACAAGGUAUGUAUCCCCUCUACUUCCACGCCAUGAUCCCCCCAUCCUCACAUCUUCGUGCAGCACGUCGUCUUUGGAAAGAUUACUUCCCCGAGGUCUCAGGCAUCGUCUUCCUAGUCGAUGCAAAGGACCACGAACGUCUCUCGGAAUCCAAGGUCGAACUCGAUGCCCUUCUCUCCAUGGAGGAGCUCGCCAAGGUCCCUUUCGUCGUUUUGGGUAACAAGAUUGAUCACCCUGAUGCGGUUAGUGAGGAUGAGUUGAGACAUCAGUUGGGUCUUUAUCAGACGACGGGUAAGGGGAAGGUUCCACUUGAGGGGAUUAGACCAAUUGAGGUUUUUAUGGUUUCGGUGGUUAUGAGACAGGGUAUGUUCAUGUUCCCCCUUCUUCUUUUUGUUGGAAAGAAAAUGGGUAUACUACAGACUCUAAUGCCGGGAUAGGUUACGGAGAAGGUAUCAGAUGGCUGUCACAAUACGUGUAAAUGAUAUUGGCGAGAUAGCGAGGGGGAUGAGGGAAGUUGAAGGAGACGAACGAGCGAACGAAAUACAAAGAUAGGCGGCUCUUUACAGAGAAUAUGUUACGAUGGACUGGAGUUUUUUUUAUUAGCAAAGGGUCGUCUUUUUAUGCGUCUGUCUGUGGCAGACUCUUGUUUGCGAGGGGUUCCCUUUUCUCUCUCUUUCAUGUUAGGGAAUGAAUGAGGAAGAAAUGAAUACGUGGGAGCUUUUCCGACAUUGACUCUUCUUCUUGAAUUCUUCGGCCAUGGAUGUAUGUACCUCUCUGCAUAGUAUUGCGAAUAAGAAAUCCUCCAUAUCUAUCUUCA